AAGAUUUUUAUUUAUUUAUUUAUUUAUUUAUUCUGCCUUCACUUUCUUCGUUUCCAUUCACACUUGCUUCUCCUUUCUGUAUUUGAAUGGUCGCAACCACAAACAUUCACAUACCGAUUGAUCGACUCUUUGAAAUAUUGGAUCUCUCUCAUAAUCUCUGAAUUUAGCAUCGCAGUACGUAUUCGAUCAGCUUUCCUUAACUUGAUUUUGUUAAGAUACUACAGAAUUAAACAUCUUUACAAGGUUUGAAUCAACAAAAAGAGCAGGAAGAAAAUGUCAGGUGUGAGAAGAAUUAAGCUCGGAUCACAGGGGCUAGAGGUUUCAGCUAUUGGACUAGGAUGUAUGGGCAUGUCUCAAGGCUAUGGACUUCCCAAACCUGAAGAAGAGAUGAUCAAAGUCAUCCACCACGCCAUCAACUCCGGCGUCACUCAUCUCGACACCUCCGACGUCUACGGACCUCACACUAACGAAAUCCUCGUCGGCAAGGCUUUAAAGGGAGUGAAGAGGGAGGACGUUCAAUUGGCUACGAAAUUUGGAGUCAAAUUCGGAGAAAGUUUUGAUAAGGCGGAAGUCCAUGGAGAACCGGAGUACGUUAGGGCUUGUUGUGAAGCCAGUUUGAAGCGGCUUGAUGUUGAUUACAUCGACCUUUACUAUGUUCAUCGCAUCGAUACAACUGUCCCUAUUGAAGUCACGAUGGGAGAACUCAAGAAACUUGUUGAAGAAGGUAAGAUAAAAUACAUUGGUCUAUCAGAAGCGGGACCUGCAACCAUCAGAAGAGCACACGCUGUUCAUCCAAUAACAGCUGUACAACUGGAGUGGUCUUUAUGGACUAGAGAUGCAGAAGAAGAAGUUAUUCCUACCUGCAGAGAAUUGGGAAUUGGGAUUGUUCCUUGGGGUCCUUUGGGUAGUGGGUUCUUCGCAUCAGGUCCAAAGUUGGUGGACAAUCUGACAGAUAACGACUUUAGAAAGAUUCUACCAAGGAUGCAAGGAGAGAACUUUGACCACAAUAGGGUUAUAUAUGAGCGGAUUAAUGAACUGGCACAAAAGAAGGGGUGCACAUCGUCACAGUUGGCACUAGCUUGGGUCCUACACCAAGGUGAUGAUGUGGGUCCCAUCCCUGGUACAACCAAGAUUGAAAAUUUGAACCAAAACCUUGGAGCCCUUGCAGUUAAACUCACGGCUGAGGAUUUGACUGAGAUUGAAUCUAUAUCAUUCAAGGGUGCUCGAAUGCCUGAAUUUCUUUUGGUUCAUAGUUAUACCAACUCAGAUACUCCACCCUUGUCCUCAUGGAAAUCCAAAUAAGCCCAAGAUGAAUUUGCCUCUAAUAUUUUUGUUAAUUUGGGUUUUUUUGGUUAUGAAGAUAUGUUAUAAGUACGUGCGUUUUUGUAUUGUUUUUGUAUUUGUAUUGUACUGGAGUAUGCUUUUUGUCGUAAGCAUGUGAGAAUCCGUAAGUCUACAUGUUCAAGUCUUAACAUCACCUUUCUCUGAUGGCUUAAAGAAAACGUGCAACAAAACAAUGUUUUAAGUAAUCUUAUAUAUAGUUUUUUUUUUAUUAUAUGUGUUGGAAUUUGGAAGUAACGUGUAUGAACUUUGGACAUGGAUCAGAAAAAAUGAAGAA